AUGAAAUAAAUCAAAUUAGGAAUAUAUAACUAAUAAUUGGAUUAGAGUUAACCUGAAAUUACAUUAGAUUUGCUUCUUAAGUUUAUUUUAAAGAUGCUUUAUGUGUAAUUGAUACUUUUAACGCUUGUUUACAUAUUUGCCUUUUUAACAUAUUAUUUAGAAGAGCUUCAACAUAUUUUUUUUUUUUAAAUGGUCAAAGCUAUUUAUAUUACACUUUCAUAGUCAUUUUUAUAAUUUUUUUUUGGAUCAUACUUUGUUUUAAAGGAAUAAAAAAUGUAACUAAUUUGUAUAUACAAGAUGAUUCUAUAAUGGACAUUAUUUAUAAUAAUGACCAUAAUAAUUAUAAUAUUAUUUGGAAAUCUUUUGGGAUUAAUUGCACUUUAUUGGCCAUACUAAACAAGUAUAUUUAUCUUAGUUUAUAUUGUUCUACUUGGCUAUACUAUUGUUAUUUCCUUCAUUAUUGUGUUAAUAAAUGUUCCACCAGCCAAGUUUACUUUUGAAUGUAAUAUUAUUCAAUAAAUUUACUUAGAAUUAGCAGCUGUAUCAAUUUUAUCAUAAUUAAUACUGUUUAUAAUAUUUGUUAGUAUAUACAAUGAAGAAUGGUUCUUUAUAGCAACUUGUUGGCUCUUUCAUUAUUUCUAUUGCUUGUGUAUGCUGUAUGAAAUAAUCUAAAUUUCAAUAGGAUAUGUAUUAAAUAAUAUUAGCUAAUUAGGAUAUAUAUUAGAUAAAUGAGUAUUAACUUGCUGGGUUGAUUCUUUAUAUUUUAGCAACUUGUUUAGCAGUUGGUUUUAUUGGAAUAGCAACUAUUUAUCUAAUUUUCAAAUCCAUUUAAGUGUUAUUUUUGGAUUGA